CAUGGGAUAGCAAUGGUAGCCUUGUAGUUUUGUUUUGAAGCAGAAGAAAAAUAAAAUGAAUCAACACCGCCGACGGAGGCAAUGACUAACACUAUAUCGCAAAUUUCGCCAAUCUUAUCCAUGAAGAUAUAGUUACGGUGGGAACAACACUAUUUGUAUAGUUUGAAGUAGUCUAAGAACUAUUCUUAUUAAUAAAAUUGAAAUUAUGGCGAAGGAUAAAGAUAAAAAAAAGAAAGAAGGUAAAGAGAAGGAAGUGAAGUCUAUCAUGACUACAGAAUCAGUAAAAGUUAUUUCAGAAUCUGUGGGAAUUGAUUCAUUAUCUGAUGAUGCGCUGACACUAUUGGCUGAUGAUGUUACAUAUAGACUCAAAGAAAUGACACAGGAAUCAAUCAAAUUUAUGAGGCAUGGUAAAAGAAGGAGAUUGUCAACUACUGAUUUUGAUCAUGCAUUAAAAGUGAGAAAUGUGGAGCCUUUGUAUGGUUUUCAAGCAUCAGAGUUUAUUCCAUUUCGAUUUGCCAGUGGUGGCGGAAGGGAAUUACAUUUUAAUGAAGAAAAAGAAACAGAUUUGAAUGAUAUCAUCAACACAGCUCGGCCAAAGAUCCCUGUUGAUGUUUCUCUAAAAGGUAUUAUUAGCACUAAGGACAUGGCACCUCCAUCUUUACUUGGAGUACCUGGUAGUGGACUUCUAAAAAAUAAAUCUAAAACUGGUAUAGCAUCUGAUGUGGUUGCGCAGUUGAAGUUGAAGCCAUUGGUGAUGCAUGAAUUAUCAGUGGAGCAACAGCUAUUUUACAAAGAAAUUACAGAAGCUUGUGUUGGUGCUUGCGAAUCAAGAAGAUCAGAAGCUUUACAGAGUCUUAGCAGUGAUCCUGGAUUGUACCAAAUGAUGCCAAGAUUCAGCACAUUUAUCGCUGAAGGAGUCAAAGUUAAUGUUGUACAGAAUAAUCUGGCAUUGUUGAUAUAUUUAAUGAGGAUGGUCAAGGCUUUGAUGGACAAUACUACAAUAUUUUUAGAAAAAUAUCUACAUGAACUUAUACCAGCAGUCAGUACUUGUAUUGUUAGUAAACAGUUAUGUUUAAGACCAGAUGUUGACAAUCACUGGGCUUUGAGAGACUUUGCUGCUAGACUCAUGGCCUCACUGUGCAAAAAGUUCAGCACCACAAUCAAUAAUAUACAAGCUAGGAUGACCAAGAUGUUUGACAAAGCAUUGCAGAAUGACAAGGCACCGUUAGCUAUACACUAUGGUAGUAUUGCUGGUUUAUCUGAACUAGCACCAGAGGUGAUAAAAUCUCAGGUUCUUCCAAGAAUUAAAUUUCUUGGUGAGAGAAUAAAAACUGCUACAGAGGGUCCAGUAUUGAGUAAUGUUGACAAGAUUGCUGCAGAACAUCUCAAAAGUCUAAUUUUGGUGAGUAUGUUCUGUACAAAGUUACUGUGUUUUCUCUGUACUUUGUUCAUUACUCUGUUCAUUGUUACCACUGCUGAUAUACUGGUACUCGAACAGGUGUAA